AUGGGUUGUAGUUCUACUAAAGGAAGGAGAAAAGGUUCACUUUCUAUUCCAAAAACUGGUAUUUUGAAAAGACCAAGCACUUAAUAAUAAGUUUAAUAAGAAAUAGUUAAUACUAAAAAGAAGACUCUUAGUUUUUAAAUGAUAUCAAUCAAUUCCCAAGAAGUAAACAGAAGAAGUAUACAUACAAGACAGAUUAUUUCUGACUGA